CAGCUUGCUGCAUGAGACUUGCGUCCAUCGAAGAUAGAUCCAAGAAGAACUGACUGUUUAUCUCAUUAUUAUUACAGUUUUAUGGAUACCUACGGUGUAAACUUUAUCUUUGUUCACUGGAGAACUUUACAAAUUGACCUAUUCCGUCAUAGUUUGUAGUAGCAGUCUCUGAUGGACUUAGUUAGCUCACGUCUAACAGUGAGCUAGCUGUUAGUCUCCGACUUUUGGACUAUAAACAAAGUUGUUUUGGCAUUUUCAAAAGGGACACCAUGGCCAACUUGGAGCAGUGGGUGAAUGACAGGCUCCACGACAUUCUGGGCCUGAGCGAUCGAUACGUGGCCCAGUUUAUGAUCGGCACUGCCCGCAGGGCGACCAGCUCCCAGGAUUUUGUGGCGCGUCUCCAGCAGACGGGCACCAUUGACAUCGACCAGAGUGUCACCGCUUUCGCGCACGAGCUUUUUGACAAGAUUCCUCGCAAGCAGGUCGUGGAGAAAGCCUCGCGGGUGAUGGAGCGUCAGGCCAUUGAGAUGGACAGGAAAAAUCGCACAUACACUUUGCUGGAAGACAGCGACAGCCCUGAGGACGCUGUUGUAGAGAAGCAACGCGGGAUAAAGAAGAAGAGCAAAGACAAGGACAGGGGGAGCAAGAGGAAGAACAUCCGGCGGAAGAAGGAGAGCGAGUCAUCCAGUGAGGAAGACGUUCCUGUCAGGGCUAAGUUGAGCCAAGGUGACAACGUGCCCGUCAAGAAAGAGGAUGAGGAAGAAGAGGAGUGGGAGAAGGAGGAGCGGGAGCGACUGCAGGACAUUGAGGAACGUGACGCCUUUGCUGAGCGCGUCAAGCUGAGGGACAAAGACAAGACGCGAAACAUCGCGGAGAGAACGGACAAAAAGGCUUACGAGGAGGCUCAGAAGAGGCUUAAGUUGGCCGAAGAUGAUCAGAGGAACAUGUUGCCUGAGCUGAGGAAGCAGUCCCGCCGCGAAUACCUGAAGAAGCGUGAGGAGGAGAAGCUGGAGGAUCUGGAGGCGGAGAUCAUAGACGAGGAGUACCUGUUUGCCACUGAUGAGCUGACGGAGCACGAGAAGAAGGACCUGGAGUACAAGUGCACGCUGCGAGACCUGGCCAAGGACUACAAAAAGGCUGGAGCCAAGGAGCAGGAGGAGAGGAAGAACAGAUACUACAUGCCAGAGGAGAUCAGGAGAAAGGAGGUGCCCCAGAAGGAGCUGGAGCUGGAGGAGGAGGCGCCCAUGGAGCUGGGCGGCGAGCAGGGUCGCUGGGAGGAGGAGCGGCUCAAGACUGCCUCGCUCAGCUUCGGUGCCAAGAAGGAGCGCGAACAGGGCGUGAGGCGCCAACAGGAGAAGUACCAGCUCAUCGUGGAGGAGGACGAGAUGAUCGACUUUGUCAGCACUGCCAUCACCAUGAAGGGAACGCUAACGGAGAAGGACAAUGAGACUCCAGCGUUGUCCCAGUCAGAGCUGAAGAAGCUGUCCAUGCAGGAGGUCCGCCGCAGCCUCCCCAUUUUCCCUUACCGAGAGGAUCUGCUCGCCGCCAUCCACGAGCACCAAGUGAUGAUCAUCGAGGGUGAGACGGGCUCAGGAAAGACCACCCAGAUACCGCAGUACCUCCUGGAGGAUGGUUUCACUAAAGGAGGGAUGAAGAUCGGAUGCACGCAGCCUCGCAGAGUGGCCGCCAUGUCGGUGGCUGCCCGGGUGGCGCAGGAAAUGAGCGUUAAGCUUGGUAAUGAGGUGGGAUACAGUAUCCGGUUUGAGGACUGCACGUCUGAGAGAACAGUGAUCAAAUAUAUGACGGACGGGAUGUUGCUGCGAGAGUUUCUCACAGAGCCCGACCUCGCCAGUUACAGUGUGAUACUCAUUGACGAGGCACACGAGCGAACCCUCCACACGGACAUCCUUUUCGGCCUGAUCAAAGACAUCGCUAGGUUCCGACCCGACCUGAAGGUGCUGGUGGCCAGCGCCACACUGGACACGGAGCGCUUCUCCACAUUCUUUGACGAUGCGCCCGUCUUCAGGAUCCCCGGCAGGAGAUUCCCCGUAGACAUAUUCUACACAAAAGCUCCAGAGGCGGACUACAUGGAAGCGUGUGUGGUGUCAGUGCUACAGAUCCACGUCACACAGCCUCCUGGAGAUGUUCUAGUCUUUCUCACCGGACAGGAGGAUAUUGAGACUUGUUGUGAGCAGCUCCAAGACAGAUGUCGGCGACUCGGCUCCAAGAUUGCUGAACUUCUCGUCCUGCCUAUCUACGCUAAUCUGCCCUCGGACAUGCAGGCCAAGAUCUUCAGCCCCACGCCGCCCGGCGCACGCAAGGUGGUGGUGGCAACCAAUAUAGCAGAAACCUCGCUGACCAUUGAUGGCAUCAUCUACGUCAUCGACCCCGGCUUCUGCAAGCAGAAGAAUUACAUCGCCCGUACCGGGAUGGAGUCGCUCAUCGUCAUGCCCUGCUCUCGGGCGUCGGCUAAUCAGAGAGCGGGCCGUGCUGGCAGAGUGGCUGCUGGCAAAUGCUUCAGGCUCUACACGGCGUGGGCCUUCAAGCACGAGAUGGAAGAGAUGACUGUGCCUGAGAUUCAGAGGACCAACCUAGGAAAUGUAGUUUUGCUGCUCAAGAGUUUAGGGAUCAACGACCUCCUCCACUUUGACUUCAUGGACCCGCCACCACAUGAGACGCUAUUGAUGGCUCUGGAGCAGCUUUAUGCCCUUGGAGCACUGAACCACCUGGGGGAGCUUACCACGCUGGGUCGAAGGAUGGCCGAGCUGCCCGUGGACCCCAUGCUGAGCAAGAUGAUCCUUGCCUCUGAGCAGUACAAGUGUUCUGAGGAGGUUCUGUCUAUCGCCGCCAUGCUGUCUGUCAACAACUCCAUCUUCUACCGACCCAAGGACAAGGCGGUGCACGCCGACAAUGCCAGAAUGAAUUUUGUGGUGCCCGGUGGAGACCACCUGGUGCUCCUAAACGUCUACACGCAGUGGGUGGAGAGCGGCUACUCGACGCAGUGGUGUUACGAGAACUUCAUCCAGUUCCGCUCCAUGAGGCGAGCGCGGGACGUGCGCGACCAGCUGGAGGGCUUGAUGGAGCGCAUUGAGGUGGAGAUGGUCAGCUCGCAGGGAGACGCCAUGCCCAUCCGCAAGGCGGUGACAGCGGGCUACUUCUACCACACAGCGCGGCUGAGCAAAGGUGGCUACAGGACAGUUAAGCAUCAGCAGACAGUCUACAUCCACCCCAGCAGCUCGCUGUUUGAGGAGCAGCCCCGAUGGCUUAUCUACCACGAGCUGGUCAUGACCACCAAGGAGUUCAUGAGACAGGUGGUGGAGAUCGAGAGCGGCUGGCUUCUGGAAGUGGCUCCUCACUACUACAAGAGCAAGGAGGUGGAGGACAGCAGCAGCAAGAAGAUGCCCCGCAAGCAGGGCAAGGCCAAGGAAGAGCUGGGCUGAAAGCCAAGGCCCAAGUACACUGGCAGCCUUCAUUUAUGCAUUGUACUCAUAAAAAAAUGAUUACGAAUGGAAGGUGGACACGCUCAGGGAGCCUGAACACAAUCGUGAUUAAAAUAGAUUCCAGAGAAAAGUGGGUCAAAAGCUCCGGACCGGUUUAAUGAUAAACCUGUUUGCUUGCAGCGAUAUUGUACGACUCCCCGUGCUCAUUAGUGACGCUUGGUCACACAUACUUGAAUUGUUACAAUAAUGUCCUGAUUGCUGAGAAGCAAUAAAUUUUUA